AUGGCGUCUUUUGGCAAGGUACUCGAUCUGCUCGACGACCGCUAUCUCGAGCUGCAAGACGUCAUCGGCAAUGUCGAACCGCUACCAACCCUUGUCCCCUACGAGGAAUACACCCAGAACGUUUUGGUUUAUCGUAUGGACACGAACCACGAGAUCUUCAUGGGCCUAAUCCAAGACUUCACCAUGCGACGAGCGCACGAGACGAGCAAGGAGCUGUGGACCUGGCUUGUGCAAUGGGAGGUCGACAACAGUCCACCUGCGCAGCAGCCUUCGUCCCCUAAGAAAGUCCGAUUGGACACACAGCAAGCAAACGCGCUUUUCAAAGCGCCACCAACGCCACGCCAGACCCCCGCUCUUACUAUCUUCGAGCGACGCACUCUAGAUGGGGCGCUAAUGCUGGAGGAAGAUAUGUUGCGCAUCCUGAUCGACAUCGUACAAGUUGCCAGUUCGCUUGUGCCCAACUUCAUCGAGUUUCUGUACCGUUGGGUAGACUACUACGAGGGUGAUGGGAAGGCGCUCAAGGCUGCGCUGAGGUGGGAAAUUCCAAGCUUGUGGGACUUUGAGUACCACCCUCUGGUGCUGCCGCGAGACGUGGGAAAGGACAGUUAUACAGGGAAAGAAGAUGACACUCAGUCUAGCGGACAAGGAGAGAGAAGAACAAGAUCUGCAAGCGAGAGCAAAGCUGCCGAGCUACGACAGAGCUCCCCGACGAAGAAGAUGCACGCACGACCAAAGCCAGACCUAGCGGCCAUCGAGCUUCGUACAUUCUACAGCGAAGAAAGCGAACGCCUCCAGUAUCGCGAAGUCAAGUUUGGCAUCCAGCCACCCAAGCUCGAACAGCCAUUACCACCACUCAUCAACAUUCCGCGCGACCAACGCAAGCGUACAAAAUACUAUGCUGCAUGUUUCAAAUCCCGCCAACGCGCGCUCUAUCUCCUCCUCGAAGCUGGUGUCACCAUGCGUCAAAUCAACAACUACCAGAAGCUGCAAACUGCGCAUCCCAAAGAGACGCCCGAAAUCGGCGACGGCAACGGUCUCCGCAACUACCAGAAAGACGCGAAGUACGCACAAGCUCAGUUCGAGCUAAAGGAUAAGCAGAUCAAACAGCGUGAAAUCGCCAUCAGCAACAAGCUUGCAGUCGAAGCCCAGCUUGCAGCCACCCAUGCGAUUCCUGAUGGGGCGACUGGCCUACCGCUCAUUCCGCCUACACCAGUGUAUGCAAGGAAGCCAGAAAUGGCUGCUGAUAUGAUGCAGAGAAUCAAAGAGACGAGGGCGAAGAGGGAUGAGAGGAUCAAUAUCGUGCCGAAACCGCUUGUGGAUAGGAUGAAGAGCAAGGUGUUUGAGAAUGCGCGAAAGGAGCCUGAGUUGAUGCCGCUGAGAGAUCUCAUGGCUGAGGCUGAGUGGUAUACGAACCGGUCUCUUACAGUUCCAACUGCACUUCCAAGGAGAGGAGAUGAGAAUCUAAGAUUGGUCGUUACGGGCGAUCGUCCUAGAACAUUUCAAGUUGGACAGAUUGAGGACAAGGACGACAAUGACGACGAAGAUAUGGGGAUGGAGAGUGACUCUAGCAACAAUGGCGGAGGCGAUGACAGUGCCACGGCUGCAGCCGCUAUGCCAGUGUCGACUCCCAGCCUACCGCGACCGACGCUGCCACUGCCCCUACCUCCGCAGCCUCCCGCCGCCACGACCAACCCGGUAAAUACUGCCAAUGGCUUCAAUGUCCCAAGGUAUCCACAUCUGACUGAAGAGAGCAGCUCUUCACAGCCUGUUCCCAGGGGCUUCGAUCAAUCUACGCCACCCAACAUCGCAACGUACAUGCAAAACCUGAACACCGAACAAGCUCAACAUCUGCUACCUCUGCUGAGUCCCCAAGCACGGCAAGCAGCGACAAGCAAAAUCCAAGAAAGCUCUCGAGCGCAAGACAUUGUGCCACGGACUCUCUCGUUUGACGUCGGACCUGUGAGGUCGUCGAGCUCCAGCCAGCCUGGCUACAUAAUCGACCCGUUUAUACUAUCAAAAUUGUCAGAAGCGUCACCUCCGCGGCCAUCAUCAGUGCCGCUUCCUCUAGGUAGCCAAGGGCAAGGAACAGCCAGGAAUGUCGCACCAAAUCAAAUCAACUUAUCAGGUCCAUCGUCUGCAGUAGAUCCAUUGAUACUACCAAAGCAGCGAAAUCAAAACGCGUUUCCAGGCAGUCCGCAAUCUUUACCUCCGUCGCCAUUCGGUAUACUGGGUCAGCCAACUCCAUCGCCCGUCGGUCUUCAGCAACAUACUACAGCUGAAGGAAGCCGUAACAUCCCAGUAUAUGCGCUUUCGCCUACGACCGCUGGAGCUCCUUCCACUGACGCCUGGCUGGCCAGCCCCGUCUCCACUGGCUUCAACUCUGAACACUUCAUGUAUCUGAGACGUCAACAAGAGGCAUCGGGAUCAGCCACUACAUCAGAAGGUUCGGUGCAGUCCAGCCAAACAGUCCUACCAGAUACACAAUCAGCUUUGCGGCCGCAGAUACCAAACCUCGAGCCGCACCAACAGCUACCCGCGCAACGUCAACAAAUGUUGUCAGCAGAUUUCGCUGCUACGAACGCCCAAGUAUGCGCUGCACAAGCUUCUCAGCCAAAUACACAGCCGGCUCAGCCACCGCAAAGCUCAAGGCCAUCAGACCUCACUCAAUAUCGCUGGGAAUUCGAUGAAACCAGUGGGCAGCUCACUUCUCGAGGUCCAGUCCCAUCGCGAUCGUCACUGUCUCCCUCAGUCCUCUCACCGCCACUACCGCAGCCGCAACCACAACCGCGGCCGCAUCCCCUCCAGCCACUCCUCAGACCCGAAACCUCCAACCAAACCCCCGCUACUCGCUCCACUCCACCAUCGCCCUACCCGCCGCCCUCAGGCGCCAUGUUCCCACCGCCCCGGCCAGGCAUAACACGAAACGCACCGACCCCUCUCUCCCUAUCUUCUCCCAAACCUUCACCCUUCACGACCUUCGCCCCACAAGUCCUCGCCACAUCACCCUUCCUCGAUCUCUCCGCCAACGCCGGCACACCAAUCCAGAUCUACCUCCCCGCGAUCCUCGUCCCGGGCAACGGUCUCGGACCGAGCGGAACGAGAAUGGGCAACAGCGGCUGUGCGGAGACGGAUGCCCUUCUUCUCGGGCACGAGGAAGUGGGAAGUGGGAAGUUGGUGCUGAGCAAGGCGAUUCUAGUGCCGGUGGGCGUGUGGGAGAAUACGCUCAGGAAGGUGAGGAGCGGGCGGUGGAGCGUGCUGGAAACGUACGCGUGCCCAUCUUCCCACCCCGCCAAAGGGAAAGGGAAAGGGAAAGAGAGAACGGGCGACCGGGCGGAGAAAGGGUGUCACAGAGCUGUGUACGAUAAGCUAGCGCAAGCGUACGGCAUGAUGACCGGCUUACCAGCAGUUCGGGAGGAGUUGUUGACGAAGCGGUGGCGCGUGAGUCGUGGGCCGAUGACGAUUUAUGAUCGCGGUGCUGUGUGGGAGGGGUGGGGCGCGUUUGUGGAUCGGGGGAUUGAGAUGAGUGCUGCUGAGCGCGAGGGCGCGGUGAAGAGUGAGGUGGAGGUGUCUGGAAAGGUUGAGGAUGGGGGCAUGGGGGAUGGGUAUGCGCCGUAUGGUGAUGCGGAGAAGGAGAGGAGGAGGAGGGAGGUGGAGGAGUUGAUGGAUGAGGAUGAGGAUGAGGAGAUGGAGGAGUAA